GGUAACUCAGUAGAGAGUAUCACUGUACUGAUAGAAUCAAAUCUUACCCAGGGUAACUCAGUAGAGAGUAUCUCUGUACUGAUAGAAUCAAAUCUUACCCAGGGUAACUCAGUAGAAAGUAUCUCUGUACUGAUAGAAUCAAAUCUUACCCAGGGUAACUCAGUAGAGAGUAUCACUGUACUGAUAGAAUCAAAUCUUACCCAGGGUAACUCAGUAGAGAGUAUCACUGUACUGAUAGAAUCAAAUCUUACCCAGGGUAACUCAGUAGAGAGUAUCACUGUACUGAUAGAAUCAAAUCUUACCCAGGGUAACUCAGUAGAGAGUAUCACUGUACUGAUUGAAUCAAAUCUUACCCAGGGUAACUCAGUAGAGAGUAUCACUGUACUGAUAGAAUCAAAUCUUACCCAGGGUAACUCAGUAGAGAGUAUCUCUGUACUGAUAGAAUCAAAUCUUACCCAGGGUAACUUAGUAGAGAGUAUCACUGCACUGAUAGAAUCAAAUCUUACCCAGGGUAACUCAGUAGAGAGUAUCACUGCACUGAUAGAAUCAAAUCUUACCCAGGGUAACUCAGUAGAGAGUAUCUCUGUACUGAUAGAAUCAAAUUUUACCCAGGGUAACUCAGUAGAGAGUAUCUCUGUACUGAUAGAAUCAAAUCUUACCCAGGGUAACUCAGUAGAGAGUAUCACUGCACUGAUAGAAUCAAAUCUUACCCAGGGUAACUCAGUAGAGAGUAUCACUGUACUGAUAGAAUCAAAUCUUGUCCAGGGUAACUCAGUAGAAAGUAUCACUGUACUGAUAGAAUCAAAUCUUACCCAGGGUAACUCAGCAGAGAGUAUCUCUGGUAACUCAGUAGAGAGUAUCUCUGUACUGAUAGAAUCAAAUCUUACCCAGGGUAACUCAGUAGAGAGUAUCACUGUACUGAUAGAAUCAAAUCUUAUCCAGGGUAACUCAGUAGAGAGUAUCACUGUACUGAUAGAAUCAAAUCUUACCCAGGGUAACUCAGUAGAGAGUAUCACUGUACUGAUAGAAUCAAAUCUUAUCCAGGGUAACUCAGUAGAGAGUAUCACUGUACUGAUAGAAUCAAAUCUUACCCAGGGUAACUCAGUAGAGAGUAUCACUGUACUGAUAGAAUCAAAUCUUAUCCAGGGUAACUCAGUAGAGAGUAUCACUGUACUGAUAGAAUCAAAUCUUACCCAGGGUAACUCAGUAGAGAGUAUCUCUGUACUGAUAGAAUCAAAUCUUACCCAGGGUAACUCAGUAGAGAGUAUCUCUGUACAGAUAGAAUCAAAUCUUGUCCAGGGUAACUCAGUAGAGAGUAUCACUGUAUUGAUAGAAUCAAAUCUUACCCAGGGUAACUCAGUAGAGAGUAUCACUGUACUGAUAGAAUCAAAUCUUACCCAGGGUAACUCAGUAGAGAGUAUCUCUGUACUGAUAGAAUCAAAUCUUACCCAGGGUAACUCAGUAGAGAGUAUCUCUGUACUGAUAGAAUCAAAUCUUACCCAGGGUAACUCAGUAGAGAGUAUCUCUGUACUGAUAGAAUCAAAUCUUACCCAGGGUAACUCAGUAGAGAGUAUCUCUGCACUGAUAGAAUCAAAUCUUACCCAGGGUAACUCAGUAGAGAGUAUCUCUGUACUGAUAGAAUCAAAUCUUACCCAGGGUAACUCAGUAGAGAGUAUCUCUGUACUGAUAGAAUCAAAUCUUGUCCAGG